AUGUCAGGAACAUUUCUUAUUAGGAAACCACAACUUCUCCAGGGAGUCUAUGCCAUGGGCUUCAAUCGACCAUCCAAGAUACAAGAGAACGCAUUACCCAUGAUGCUUGCUGAGCCCCCGCAGAACCUGAUUGCCCAGUCUCAGUCAGGUACUGGUAAAACAGCUGCCUUCGUCCUGGCCAUGCUCAGCCGAGUGGAACCAGCAGAGAAAUACCCCCAGUGUUUGUGCCUCUCCCCAACAUACGAGCUGGCGCUUCAAACGGGAAAAGUGAUUGAGCAGAUGGGCAAAUUUCAUCCAGAACUAAAGCUUGCUUAUGCUGUUCGAGGCAAUAAAUUGGAAAGAGGUCAGAAGAUCAGUGAGCACAUUGUCAUUGGCACCCCUGGGACUGUUCUGGACUGGUGCGCCAAGCUCAAGUUCAUUGACCCCAAGAAGAUCAAGGUGUUUGUUCUGGAUGAGGCUGACGUGAUGAUAGCUACUCAGGGCCACCAAGAUCAGAGCAUCCGCAUACAGAGGAUGCUGCCCAGGAACUGCCAGAUGCUGCUUUUCUCUGCCACCUUCGAAGACUCUGUCUGGAAGUUUGCCCAGAAAGUGGUCCCAGACCCAAACAUUAUCAAGUUGAAGCGCGAGGAGGAGACACUGGACACCAUCAAGCAGUAUUACGUGCUGUGCAAUAACAGAGAUGAGAAGUUCCAAGCCUUGUGUAACCUGUAUGGGGCCAUCACCAUCGCUCAGGCCAUGAUCUUCUGCCAUACCCGCAAAACAGCGAGCUGGCUGGCAGCAGAGCUCUCCAAAGAAGGCCACCAGGUGGCGCUGCUGAGUGGCGAAAUGAUGGUGGAGCAGAGGGCUGCGGUGAUCGAGCGCUUCCGAGAGGGCAAAGAGAAGGUGCUGGUGACCACCAACGUGUGUGCCCGCGGUAUUGACGUCGAACAGGUUUCUGUCGUCAUCAACUUUGCCCUCCCCGUGGACAAGGACGGGAACCCGGACAACGAGACCUACCUGCACCGGAUCGGGCGCACGGGCCGCUUUGGCAAGAGGGGCCUGGCAGUGAACAUGGUUGACAGCAAGCACAGCAUGAACAUCCUCAACAGAAUCCAGGAGCAUUUUAAUAAGAAAAUAGAAAGACUGGACACGGAUGAUUUGGAUGAGAUUGAGAAAAUAGCCAACUGAGACGCUCCAACAGUCACCAGUGCCCACCCCGGCACUCCGCCUGCAUGGGAGACCAGUGCUUUCACGGCACAGGCCUCGACAGUCACCACAAAGACAAAAGCAG